AUGAAUGGGGUAAAUAAUUUCUUUGAAGCUGUCGGACUGGAAAAAAAUGUCGAAAAGUCUGCAACUAAUCUGGCAAACCUUGGGUCUGAAGCUAAAUUGCUUAAUGGGGUGGAAGGUUACAGAUACCUUGGAGUGUUAGAAGAUAGAAGAAGCGAUGUAUUGAAAAGCGAAGUAUUGAAGGCACUCUUUGGGGAACUAAAAAAGAGGAUCGACAAUCUUUCGAAGACCAAACUAAACUCGUGUAAAUUAUUUAAAGCCAUAAAUGAACACGCAUUAUCCCUCUAUAACUAUUAUAUUGGGCUUGUCGACAUUGAGCCACUUGAGUUUGAACAAAUUGACAAAAAUGUACGCAGCAUCCUUGUACAUCAUCGAAUUCAUUUGAAGCCUGCAAACAAGGAAAGGCUUUACCUCCCAAGAGAUCAAUUUGGAAGAGGACUUGUAUCCAUUACUCAUAAAAAUGAACGGAUAUUACUUCAAUUCCUCCGUGAUCUUGAAACAAAAUCUCGUUACUGCAUAAGAAAAGAAGGGAUUCUGCGGGUCAUUAAUUCAAAGAGAACACAUUUGGCCACAAUUGCUGAAUACCUCAAGCGCAAAUACAACAUCCAAGAUAUUGGAAGUCUUGAUUUGAACAUGCUGAGAGAAUUGCAGAAGAACAGCUUAAUUGAGCAAAUAAUGAAAAAACCAUUACAUGCAAUUCUCUUUGAUUGUUUGAAUGAUUCCAAUGUUGACGUUGCAGAAUCUUCUCAUUUGUUAUUACAUGGAAAUAACUCACCAAGAUCCGAGGCUUUGCUAUGCUUUAUACAGGAACGUAAUCUAUUUUUCGACAAUGUUGGGGCAAUUUGCAGUCACUGUAACUCUUCUAAAAAGACUGUUGACCACUUAGCAACUAGGUGUGGUCGAAUGCUGAAUAGUGACUACUUACGACGACACAACGAAGUAAUGAAAUGUGUACAUCUACAUCUAUGCAGGGAGUAUGGAAUCAAGAAAUCUAAGAAAUUGAAAACCCACUCUGUUCAAUCAGUGGUUGCGAAUAACUCUGUGGAGAUUCGUGUUGACACGACAAUUAAUACGGAUACGAAGGUUGAGAAUAACAAGCCGGAUAUCUUUGUACUUGACAAAAUGAGGAACACAAUCACGCUUAUAGAGAUUGGAAUCACCUCUCAAAAAAAAUUGAAGCAAGUUGAAGUGGAAAAGCUCCACAAGUACGACCUGCUUGCCAGUGAACUGGGAUUAAUCCACAAAGCCAAGGUAACCAUAGUACCAUUGGUACUAACGUGGGAUGGUGUUGUGAGUAAAUACUAUAAACAUCACUGCGAUACUAUUGGUUUGGAAGAACUUACACGAGCUUACAUUCAAUCGGAAUGUGAUGGAUUUGACUUGAGAAGUCCUUUUAAGCCGUUUUUAGAUGCAAAAUUUGGACGAAAAUCUGCCCUGAGAAGGCUCGAUAUAGCAGGAUUCCAAGUCCAUCCUACCGGUGAUCCGAAUAAAUUUUAUGUCGCAAAUGCAAAAAACAGAGAUUAUUCAUCAUUCAGUGAAUUGACUUUCAGUGAAAAUUGUUCAUUUCUAAACAUGACUUCGGAUAAUCUCAACAUGCUGUCUAAAUUAGCUGAAAUAUUUGGUUAUGAUGAGUAA